AUGAUGUCUAAUGAAAAAUGUGGUAGCAAAAUUCACGUGUUUGUCAUAAAGAAUAUUGUGGGUAUUGAAAAAGAGAAAAAAGGCUUAGAUGAAGAAGAAAAAAAAAAGGAAAUAGGGGAUUUAAUCGAAGUAAAUAACAAUGAAGAUACAAAAGACAAUAUAAUAAAUAUGAAUGAAAAAAAUACAAAUAGAAAAAAUGAAAAAAAAGAGGAAAUUAUAACACAUAAAAUAUAUUACCCCCAAGUAAAAAUAGUGAAAGUUAGCUGUGGAAAAUCAAUAAUUGGUUUUUUAUCAAUUGUUGGAAAAAUAUAUUGUUGGCAUUUAAAUAAUUUUAAUGAUUUUGAUAAAAAUGUACCUUAUUUAUUAGUAGAUAGUAUACUAAAAAAUAAAACUAUACAUGAUGUAAGUAGUGGGCAUCAUCAUAUUGCAUUUUUAUCAAAAGAUGGGGAAUUAUUUACUUAUGGAGAUAAUACAUACGGUCAAUUAGGUAAUAAUAGCAUAAAUGAAAAUGAUUAUUUAGAAGAAAUUGAUAACGAUAAAUUUAACAGUGCAAAUAACUGUAAAAUAAAGAAUCAAAAAAAGUAUAAAGUAUAUAAAGUGGAUGUACAAAAUAAUAUUGUUAAAUGUGUUUAUUCUUCUGAAAAAUAUACAUUAUAUUUAACUAUCGAUGGUUUAUUGUAUGGUUUUGGUUUAAUAAAUGAAUAUUUUAUUAAAGGAAAAAUGAAUAGAAAUAAAAUAAAUAAAGUUUUAACAAAACCACAUCAUAUAUAUACAAAUGAUAUAGCUUUUAAAAAAAUUUCUAUUGGCAUAAAUUUCAUUCUGGCUAUAAAUUUUAAUAAUUUUAUAUAUUCGUGGGGACAAAAUACUAAUGGAGUUUUAGGUCAUAGUAAUUGUAUAGAUUCAUAUGAACCUAAAAAAAUUGAAAAUUUGAAGAAUGUAAUAUUUAUUAGUGCUGGUAAAAUAAGUUUAUGUAAAACAAUGGAAGAAGAAUUAUAUAUAUGGGGAGGUAAUUAUGGAAAUAAACCUAAUUUAAUUAAAAACAAAUUUGAUGAUAUGCACAUUAAUAAUAAUUUUAUCAUUGGAUUAUGUGGAAAAAAAAAUUUAUGGGUUAAAAAUAUUGAUAAUUUAUCUCACGGUUAUUAUAUCAACAAUUUAAAAAUAAACUUGUUGUGCUCAUAUGAUAAUUUAAUUAUAGGUGUAGAAAACUAUGAAGAAGAAAAUGAUUUAAAUGAAAAGAAAAAUGUUAGACAGUUUGAGUGUAAAAACAAUUUCAAUAAUUUAAAUACAUCUGUAGAUAUUACAGAAAAUGGGGUAAACUUAAGAAAUAAUCCAAUAGAUAUUGUAAAUAAUUAUAUAUUGUUAUCCGAUGAAAGUAAAAAAUAUACUAAUGAUAUCACUAAUAAUAACAAUAAAAAUAUUAAUAAUAAUGAUAUUAAUGAUAAUAAUAUUAAUAAUACCAAUAUCAGUAAUAAUAAUAAUAUCAAUUUCAACAAUAAUGAUAAUAGUACUAUUAAUUCAUCAAAAAAUAAGAAAGUAUUGAGUCGUAAUUUGCAUAAAAACGAAAGUAAACAAAAUAACUUUAAAGAUUCUAAUAAUACAGAUAAUUUUAAUUGUAUAAAAGAUAAUAUUGUUGUAAAUAAAACUAAUAAUUAUGAAUAUAAUAAUGAAUGUGAUAAUACAAUUGAUAAUGAAAAGAAAGAAUUUAAUAAAAAUAAUGAAAAUAUCCAUAAUAUUGAAAAUAAUUGCGAUGAUGUAUAUAAAGGAGCAUGUUGUUUUAAAGAAAUAGAUUUUUCUAAUGGAAACAAAAACUCCACUUUACUAUCAAAUAAUAAUGAACAAGAUAAAAAAAAUACGAAAAGAGCUAUAUCAAAUGAGGAUUUUAAUGAAGAUUCAAAGAAUAUAUUAAUGAAAAAGGAAUUAAAUAUAAAUAGAGAAUUGAAUAUUCAGAAUGUUUCCUUAGAGAAUAACAGUAUCAUUAAUGAAGAAAAUAAAAAUGAUUAUAUAAAAGAAAUGGGGAAAAGUGUUACUAAUUUAAAUUAUGUUAACAACAUUCACAGAAAUAAUAACAACAAAAAUGAUUUGAGUAAUUCUUCCUUAGAAUGUAUAGAUGACAAAGAAUAUAACACAUAUUAUGAUAUUCCAUGCAAAGAAAAUAAAAUAAUCGAAUGUAAAAAUAAUGAAAACAAGAAUUUGUACACAAAUUGUUAUUAUGAAUUGAAUGAAGAUAAAAAUAAAAAGGAAAAUGAAUGUAAUUAUAUAAAAAGUGAUGAAUCAAAUAUAAAAAACAACUAUUAUAAUGAAAUAGAAACAAAUGAUAACUAUAUGGAAAACAAGGAAGAUUAUAUAAAAGGUAAUUAUGAGAGAAAUCAUGAGUUAGAAAUGGAAAAUGAAUGUUAUGAUGAAGAUUAUGAAGAUAAUAAUUUUUAUGAUGAAGAUGAUUCUAAUAGUAUAAGUCAUAGAAAUAUAAUAAUUAUUAAUAAUAAAGUAACUGAAAAAUAUCAGUUUAAUUUAAAAUCAUCUUUAAAAAAAUAUCCAAGUAGUGAAAGAAUAAAAAAAACUGUAUCUUUUUCAAAUUAUGUAUAUGAUUUAGCGAAAAAUAAUUAUGAAUUAAUAAAUUUAAAUUCAAAUGAUGAAAUUAGUUUAUCAGAAGAAGAAAAAGAAAACAAAAAGUUUUCUUAUGAUGAUAAUAUAAAUAAAUUUUCUACUAAUUAUUGUUAUAACGUUCAUAACAUUAAUGAUGAAGAUAAGACAAUUCCUAAGAUAAAUAAAAAUGAAAGUAAUUUAAAAGAAAAACUAGAAAAUGAAGAAAAAGUAACAUUAAAUGAUUUUCAAAAUAAGUCUCUUAAUGACUCUUCGUUUAAUUAUAAAUUAAAUAGUAGUAUAAAUUCCUGUGAAAAUACUAGAGAGCAUAUACAAAAACAGAAAUUAUGUAGUCAAAAUGUAAAUGUCGUUGAAGAGGAUUCAGUAAACUAUAAGCAUGAUUUAUUAGCUGAUAUACCGACAAAUUCUAAAGAAAAUUAUACUUUACUUAAAGAUGAAAUGGGAGAAGAAUUAAAAGAAAAUGAAAGCAUAGAAACGCAUAGCAUAGUUAACAAUAAUAAUAUUUUAGUAGCAGAUAGUUCAAAUGAGUUUCCUAAUUUCUGUGAUUUAAAAGAUAAUAAUGACAAAGGAACUACGAAUAGAAUAAUUAAUGAAGAAUUAAAAAAUGAAUGUGUAUAUAAUAAUAAAUGGAAAAAUAAAGUGGUUGAUCAUGAAGAAAAAAAUAAUAUUGAAUAUAUAAAAGAAAAUGAUAAUGCAUAUUUAAAUAUAGAGGGAAAACAGAAGGUUAAUAUAAAUUCGGAUAGCAAAACAGUGAAGGUAGACUAUAGUGAUAAUAUACAUCCUGAAAGUUGCAUAACUUCUAAAACAAAAUUCUUAUCAAAAGAAGAUCGAAAAAGUAGUAUAUAUAAUUAUAAGGAUAUUAGUUCAUGUGAAUUUAAUGAAAAGGAUGGUAUAAGCAAGAAUUAUGUAAAUAGUAAUAUAAGCGAUAUUAAAAGUAAUACUAAUAGUAAAAAUAAUAAUGAUAGAUUAUCUGGAGUAAAAUUUUCCUUUAAUUCUUUAUCAUAUCCUUUGAAUAAAAAAGAAAACAUAAACCUUUCAAACAAUAAAAAUGAAAUUAAAUGUAAAAAAGAAGAUUCUAAUUUAAAUAAAAACUCACAUAAAAUGAAAAAGGGACUAUAUAAAUUAAAUUUUUUUUGUAACAAUGAUAAUUCCCAAACUAACGAUUUUGUAUAUAAUUCAAUAAAUUGUGUGAAUAUGGAAGAAAAGGAAGAUAAACAUUUAAAAAAAAAUGAAAACAAAUACGAUGAAAUAAAUAAUAGAAAAAUAUCUAGCGAAGAUGCAAUUAAUAAGAAACUUAGUAAUGAAGGAAUGUAUAAUGAAGAACAAUAUAUUGAAGAACAAUAUACUGAAGAACAAUUUAAUGAAGAACAAUUUAAUGAAGAACAAUAUAAUGAAGAACAAUAUAAUGAAGAACAAUAUAAUGAAGAACAAUAUAAUGAAGAACAAUUUAAUGAAAAAAAUAUUGAAAACGAUUUUAAUGAUGUACAUUUAGAAAAUAAAUAUGAUCAAGUAUUAAUUGAUAAAAAUAUGUAUAGUGAGGAUGCUAACGAUGAGAUAAAACAUGUUGAAGGGAAAAAUAAAAUGAAGAAUAAUAUAAAAAGAAAGUCUAAUAAUAUAUUAACAAAUAAAGUAAAUACGACAAAAAUAAGCAAAUUAAAAUCUAAGAUGAUAAAUUUAACGCAUAAUGUAAAUAAUAAUAGUAACAAUAAAUAUAUGUCUUAUGAAAAUAAUAACAUGAAACUUGUUAAGAAUAAUAAAAAAGAUUUAAAGGAAUGUAAGGACAUGAAUAAAAAUGAUUACUUUGAAUAUAUACUUCUAAAAAAAUUAAGAAGAAAUUUAAAAAAAAAUAAAGAAUGUAAUUAUUAUGAAAUGAGGAAAAUAAAAAAUGUUUUAGGUUUCUUUAAAAAUAAUGAAGUAAUAAAUAUGACUAAAAAUUUAAAAUUGAAAUCGACUAUAAAUAAAAAAAUGAAAAGUAAAAUAAAUAAAAUGCAAAAUGUUUUAAAAAUUUUAAAAAAAAAUAAGAAUUUUAAAUUAUAUGAACCAGUAGCAAUAACAAAAAAAAGUAAAAGGAAAUAUUUAAAAAAAGAAGCUAUUCACUUGAAUUCUAAAAGUAGACAAAUAAAGGAUGUUAGUGUAAAGAUAAAUAAAUCCAAAUUUAUUUGUAAUGAAGAAAAAAAUAUUAAUAUUACUAAUAAUAGUAAUACUAAUAAUAUGUUAUUACACCAAGAUGAAGAAAUAUAUUAUAAGCAAGAGAACAAUAAAAAAAAAGAUAAAGAUCUCAUUAUUAAUAAAAACGUAUUAAAUAAUACAAAAAAAGUAACAUUAACAUUAAAUCAUAAAAAUGAAAAAAAGAUUAAAGAUCUUCUAACUAUAGAUAGUAAAUUAUCAGAAAAUAAUAACUGUAUUAAUAAACAAAAUAAUUUGAAAAGAAAUUUAAGUGAAGGAAAUAUAACAAAAUUGAAGGCUUCUAAUAUAGGAAAGAAAAGAAGUUUAAGUAAUAAAGAACAUAUAAUAAAUAACAGAAAUAUUACAAAUGAUUCAAAAAAAAAUACCUUUAUAAAAAAUGAUAAAAAAAAAUUGGAGAAAAAAAAAAGUGAUUAUCAAAAUAAACAAAUGUUUAUGUCAUGUUUAAGCUUGAAUACGUUAAAUAAAAGUUACUUAGAUGGUAAUAAUAAAAAUGAAUAUGGUGAAAAAAAGAUUACAUCAAAUAUAAAAAGAAACGUAUCAGCAUGUACUAUAUCAAAUACUAAUACUAAUAAUAAUAAUUAUUACCAUUUAAAUAAUUACUCUAAAUUAAAAGAAAACGAUUAUUUUUCUGAUUCUGAUAAAGUAACAAAUGCUACUAUCCAUUCAAAGGGUAUUUGUAAAUCAAAUAAUAUUAGUAAUUAUGAUUACAAAAACUUAUGUGAUGCAUAUAAUAGUUGUAAUGAUAUAUUGGAGAUGGAGAAGCAAACAUUUAGAAUAAAUUCUUUAUCAUUUCAAGAUAUUAAAAAUUCAAAGAAAGAAGAAUUGAGAGUUCCAUCUAUUUCUGAUAUAACUACGAAGGUGGGGAAAAAUAUAUCUUUUAAAUCAGCUAGUAAUAACUAUAUGCAUACAAAUGACAAUAAUAAUAUUAAGGAAUGUGUAACUGAAAAUAUUUGUAAUGAAGAAAAUGAAAAUAAAAGUAAUCAAAAUUUUCAUUAUAAAUGGGGAAAAGAUACAUCUGAUGCAUAUGGGAAGAAUAUUAAAACUUUUGAUUCUAUUAUAUUAAAAAAUGAUAAUGAUAAUAAUGAUUAUAAUAAUGUAUGGUGUGAUAAGUAUGAUAAAGGAUAUGGUAGUGAAUGUAAUGAUGAAAAAAGUGAAAUGAAUCAUAUAUGUAAUAGGUUAUUGAAAAAAAAGAGAAAUAAAAUUUUAAAUGAGAAAAAAUUAAUACAGUUAAAAUAUAUAAACGAUAAUAAUAUAACGAAUCAUUCCAUGAAGCUAAACCGAGAAAAUGAUUGUAAUAAAGAAAAUAUUAAUAAUUUAUGUGGCAAUAAAUCUAAUACAUUUGAAAUACGUAAAUAUAAUGAAAAAUUCCCAAUUAGUAGAAAUUCUAGUAUAAAAAAUGAACAAAAAUCUAAUGAUCUCAUUAAAAAAGUAAAUAAAAAAGAGAAUGAAGCACUAUGUAUUUAUGAUAUAAAUCGAAGUAAGCAAAAUAAUUCUUUUAAUAAUAAAGCAUUACCAAAAAAAUAUAUAUUAUCUACUACUAAUAAUAAUAAUAAAAAAGAAAAAAGUUCUGAAAAUUUAAUUAUUCAUAAUAAGGAAUACAAUAAAAAUGAAAAAUAUGGAAAUAAUUUUAAAAUGAGAAAAAUAGAAGAUAAGAAAUUUAAUGAAAAUGAAAAUAAAAUUAUAGAUAAAGUUCCUUUAGAUAAAAAGAAAAAUAAUAAAAGUAUACUUUUAAAAAAGUUACAAAAUGAUAUUAGUAAUAUAAAGAAUGAUAUAUUAAAUGAAAAGAUUAGGGAAAAUAAAAACUUAAAAAUAUGCGAUGAAAAUUCAGAUUAUUCAGAUAGCAUAAAUUAUAAUGAGACGAAACAUAUAAUGAAUAUAUUGGAUAAUAAAGGUGAAAAUAUAAAUGAAGAAGGCUGCAAAUAUUAUUUAUUAAACUUAAAAGAAAAAUUAAAGAAUAAUUUAAAAAAAAAAAAACAUAAAAAGUAUAUUAAUAAAAUUUAUAAAACUAUGAAAUAUAUUUUUACUGAAUAUAAUAAAAUGAAAAAGGAAAAAGAGGAUGCUAAUAAAAGAAACGAAUAUUUAAAGUUUUUAUUAGAAAAUACAAUAGCGAAGACUAAUGAAAUGUUAAGAAUAAAUAAAAAUUCAUUUCAAUCUUAUAUAGACAAAAUGCAAAAGGAAAAUAUGAUUUUAAAAAAUGAAUUAGAUGAAGAAUCUUAUCAACACCAUUAUGAUUUGCAACAAUUAGUUAAUAAAAUAACAAAUAUGGAAAAAAUAAAAGAUUAUAUCAUGUAUCAGAAUGAAGAAUAUAAUAAAAAAAUUAUAGCAUUAGCAUUGGAAUGUGAUAAAUUAGAAAAAAAAAAAAAUGAAUUACAUAGUAUUGUUAAUGAGUAUAAAUUAAAUUUAGAAAAGGAAAAAAAAAAAAAAAAGUAUAUUUUAAGAAAAGUUGAAAAUUCUCUUAAAGGAUGGGAAACAGAUUAUAAUGAACUAAAGGAAAAAUAUAAUUGUAUAAAAGAUAAUAAUGAAGAACUUAUAAAAAGUAAUGAAGAAUUAAAACAUGAAACACUUAAAUUGAAAGAAGAAUUAUACCAUAAGGAUGUUGUAAUUAACAAAAAAAUUGAAAAGAUUAAUGACCUAAAUAUGAAUUACGUUUCAUUAAAAAAUGAUUAUAAAAAUAAUGUAAGUGAUAAUAUGUACACCAAUAAAACAUAUGACGACCUUUUGUCUAAAUAUGAAGCAAUGGAAGAAUUUUUUAAAAAAAAUACAGAAAAAUUAGAGAAAGAAUUAUUAGAAAAAGAAAAACAAAUUCAAAUAUUUGAAAAAGAAAAGAAAGUUAUCCAAGAUGAGUGUUUAGAUGUUUCAAAAAAUGUAACUACAUUAAAAAAUAAAUCAAAAAUUUUGAAUAAUUACAAAAAUAAUGAUGAUUCGUUGAAAUUAUUAAUGGAAAAUUCAAUUAACACUAUUUUUAAAAACCUAGAUAAUGUAGAAGAGCUUAAAGUAAAUGAAAAUUUGAAAAAUAAAAUUAUUGAUGUUGUCAAAAACUUUAUGACUAACGAAAGUUUACUUAAAAUGUAUAAUUGUCAUAACGAUAAUUUAAGUAGAAAUAGUAAAUCCGAUGAUAGUAAUAUAGAUAAUAACACAACUUACUAUAGUAAUAAUGAGAGUAGUAUUGAAUUAAGUAAUGAUAUGAAAAGCAUGCUAAAUGAAGAAAACUUAAAUAAUUUCAAUAAUCAUAAUAAAUUUUUUAAAAAUAAAAAACUUAAAAGAACAGUAAUAGAAGAAAUGAAACAAAUUUUAUUAUCAUUGGAGAAAAAGAAAAAAAAUUCUAAAUAUGACGAGAAAAUAGAUGAAUUAUUAUCAGAAAAGGAUAUGGAAGGCGUAAAAAAAUUAUUAAAAGACAAUAUCAUUAACAAUAAAAAUAUCGAUACAAAAAAAUCAUCUGAUGGAACACCUAGUGAAAGUAAUGAUAGCAUAGGAAAAAACAAUAAAAAAAAAAAAAUAAAAAAAAAUAUUGUUAAUCAUAAAGAAAAAAUGUUUAAUUACGAUAUUGAACAAACAGUAAAUCUUAAAAAUAAAAUUAAUGAAUUAACUGAACUAAAUAAAAAAAAAAAAAUAAAAAUAUUAGAUAAAAAAGUUGAUGAGAUAAAAGAAAAUUAUGAAAACGACUGUCAAGUAAUAGGAAUAUGUGAAGAUAAAAAAAAAAAAAAGGAUGAUGAUAAUAAAAAUGAAAUAAAUGCAGAAGUAAUAAACAUUAAGGAUACCUUUCAAAAUUCUAAAGAAAGAUAUUUAAAAACAAAAAUUAGAAAUUUAAAUAAGAGUAGUAUAAAAAAAAUUAUAAAAAAUAAUAUAAGGAAUGGUACAACAUUGGAAGAUACAGUUAAUAAUUCAUUGGAUAAUAAUACACAAAAUGAAAAAUAUAAUGAUUUAAAAAAUAACACAAAAAAAAUUGCACACAAAGAAAAUGAUAAUGAUAAAAAUAAAUCAAACAAAAAUACACAAUUAAAAGAAAUUAUAAAUAAUGAUUUUUCUUCAUUACAAAAUGAAAUUUUAACAAAUAAAGAUGAAUAUUUAGAAGGGAUAUCAAAGUUAAAUGAUACUGUUGAGAAAAAAAACAUCAAUAAUGAUAUAAAGAUCCUAUUAGAUGGUACAAAAGAAAUAAAUUCAAAUAAUUUAAGAAGUCAAAAUGUAAAUAAAAAUUCCAAAAAAAAAAAAAAGUCAUUUAAUGCUAUUUUAGAUAAGAUUUUUGAUACACCAAUAGAUCAUUCAUCUAUAAAUGAAAAUAUGUUAAAUAUUCAAGAUUCAAUUGAGAAUAAUAUUAAAAAUAUUUUCAACACUCAUGAUUAUUAA